AUGGGAGUCAGAUCCGCUGCAAAGGAAAUGCAUGAACGCGACCGCACUUCAGAUAGUUCCAGUUUGGUGACUUCUCUGAUGAAAUCUUGGAGGAUAUCGUCGGCUUCUUCCUCAUUUGCCUCCAAGAAGCCAUCACUUUAUAAAAUGAACACCACGGAACCCAAUAGUCUGCCCUCAAGUUACGCUUCUUCUGCUAGGAAGGAUCGAAGAACCAGCGAUGGUAAUUUCGAAGCCAUGGCGAAACAACAGGCAUGUACUAGGCGCACCUCAAAUUCCAAUUCACCUCUAAGAUACGUGAGCCCCACUUUAAGCACUGCAAGUAACGAAAGUCCUCGACCCGCUCUACUCUUGCGCCAACACCACCAGCGCCAUCACAACCAUCAGCAACACCGUCAUAGCAGCAGUGGUAGUGUAAACAACGCCGGUAGUAACGGCACAGAUCCUAACAAGAAAAGUGAUCGAUAUUUCAAGGAUUUGGAUGAAGACUGGAGUGCUGUCAUCGAUGACUAUAAUAUGCCUAUUCCUAUACUCACUAAUGGUGGCUUCGGUUCCCCUGUAGUUCCCACAAGAUCUUUGUCCCGAAGGUCUACAUCUUCUUCCAUCAAUUCAACCUCCAAUGUGGGACCUUCUGUGGUGCGGAAUUCUUCCUCCUCUUUUACAUACCCUCAAUUGCCACAACUACAAAAAGAACAAACUGAUGAUCCAAAAAAGAUGCAGUUGGAGAUCGAAAACGAACGGGAUGCUCAGGAACUGAACUCUAUCAUUCAGCGCAUUUCUAAGUUUGAUAACAUUUUGAAAGAUAAGACAAUCAUAAAUCAACAGGAUUUGCGAAAGAUUAGUUGGAAUGGUAUUCCUAAAAUACACAGGCCUGUUGUUUGGAAAUUAUUAAUAGGUUAUUUACCCGUAAACACUAAGAGACAAGAGAGUUUUUUGCAAAGGAAAAGAAAAGAAUAUAAAGAUGGUUUGAAACACACUUUUUCAGAUCAGCAUUCAAGAGACAUUCCUACUUGGCACCAAAUAGAGAUAGAUAUACCCAGAACAAAUCCUCACAUCCCCUUAUAUCAGUUCAAAUCAGUGCAGAAUAGUUUACAACGAAUACUAUAUCUUUGGGCCAUAAGGCACCCUGCUAGCGGGUACGUUCAAGGAAUUAACGAUCUAGUGACACCAUUUUUUGAAACUUUUCUGACGGAAUAUUUGCCACCUUCACAAAUAGAUGAUGUUGAAAUAAAGGACCCUUCUGCGUAUAUGACAGACGAACAAGUUGCAGAUUUGGAGGCAGAUACAUUUUGGUGUCUUACCAAAUUGCUAGAGCAAAUUACUGAUAACUAUAUCCAUGGACAACCGGGCAUAUUAAGACAAGUGAAGAAUUUGAGUCAGCUGGUGAAAAGAAUUGAUGCCGAUCUAUAUAACCACUUCCAAAAUGAGCACGUGGAAUUUAUACAAUUUGCAUUCAGAUGGAUGAAUUGCCUCUUAAUGAGAGAGUUUCAAAUGAGUACAGUAAUAAGAAUGUGGGAUACAUAUUUGUCUGAGACAUCACAAGAGGUCACUUCUUCAUAUUCCAUAUCCUCCAACGACGUCAAAACCCCCGUGACUCCGACAGAACCUCGGGUAGCCAAUUUUGCGACGCCAACAAAAGAUUUCCAAUCCCCCACCGCGGCACUCUCUAGUAUGACUCCGAAUACGGUUGAAGACAGCAGCAAAAUGAGGCAAUCUUCACUCAAUGAGUUUCAUGUAUUUGUGUGUGCCGCAUUUCUCAUUAAAUGGAGUGAUCAGUUAGUAGACAUGGACUUUCAGGAGACUAUAACCUUCUUGCAAAAUCCUCCUACAAAGGACUGGUCUGAAACAGAUAUCGAAAUGCUUUUAAGUGAAGCCUUCAUUUGGCAGUCUCUUUAUAAAGACGCCACGUCCCAUUGGCUGUAA